AUGGUUGCUCCGUCGACGCAGGCCGCUGCGGCGCCCACGGCGCCCACGCCGCCCAAGAAGAAGAAAUCGAACGCCAAGCUGAAGCGGCUGAGCGGAGAGGCGCUCGCCGCCUACAACGCCCGCAUCCAGAACUGCGGCGUCUGCUACCUCGCCCGAGCGCUGCGGAAGCUGCUCUCCGGGUACGGCACGGAGGUGCUGCGCAUCUACCUGAAGCAAGAGGACCCCGCCGCGCGAGCGCGCCGCAUCUCUGGCGGCGGCAACCGCAAGCGCUCCUUCUCAGAGGGCUGGUUUGCGGACAAGCGGCGCGCACUCAAGCUCGCAAACACGCUCAACAAUACGCUGGUGGGCGGCGGCCACCGAUCCUUCCACGCGCAUGACCUCUGGAACAUCAAGUACCUGCACAAGUUCAAGUGGGACAGCCUGACCGACGCGCAGGCGCGGGAUGUCGCGAGUGUGGCCUGA